AUGGGCAUCGCGGAGAUUCGGCCUUGUUUCGACAACGUCAAGUUUCCCAAGGGACUGGAAACACUGUGUUCUAGCUAUGCUUUGCUACGUGAGUCUACAGUGCCAACGCCUUAUCACGAAUUGUCAGGUUUCGAUGCUCGCUCGUUGCAACCUGCCUCCAGCUUGAGAACUUACCCCAAAGACAACUUUCAAGGCUUCAAGAUCAUGCACUUCUCUCGGCUGUCCGUGUUGGCUUUGGCCGGCAAAUUGGCCAGUGCCGGGAAGGGUCCCUUUCUCGAGCAGAUUAAUGACUCGACCUGGGUCAUUGGAAAUGAUCACUGGAACCUGACACAGGGUUCGCUCUACGCAACCAAGCUUUUCUGGGAGGGUGUCCCGGGCGCCGAUCUUGUGGGUUCGGCUGCCGGCCACUACGUCGGCUACGAUGGGGAGAACAAUCUCCAGUUCACAAACGCCACAAUCGCAUCCCGCGGUACGGACUACAUCGAUGUCAGCUUCUCCGCCGCUGCCGGUGACUUCCACUGGGUGAUCUUUGACGACUUGACCGGCGCGUACCAGUACUUUGUCAACCGGGCCCUCCCCGACAUUAGCAUUCUCCGGACUUUGUGGAGGUUGGCCCCCGACGUCUUCCUCAACGGUCGCACGCAUCUCAAAGAUGAGCCCCUGCCCGACUUUUCGCUCUACGCCACCGCGACCAAUGUACAGGAUGAGACCUGGCAACUGGCCGAUGGGUCCUUCAUCACAAAGUACGACUGGUCCAAUGCUGUCAGGGAUCGUGACUUCUACGGCGUCUACGGCCCCAAAGCCGGGUCGUGGUACAUCCAUCCUACGACGGAGUACUACAACAGCGACCACCUGAGCCAAACUUUGACGGUCCACCGAGAGUCAAAGACUGGAGAUGCAGUCCAGCUCAAUGUCGUUCAGGAUACUUCUCACUUCCGUGUUGGCAAGACAGUGCCUCAGCCAGCAGGCAAGGUCUGGGGACCUUGGUUGUGGUAUCUCAACAAUGGAGACGUAGCGGACGCCGCGCAAAAGCACAAGGAGGAAGUCAAACACGUCCCUUACACAUGGUUCAAGGACACAGCCUACCACUCCCGUGGCGGAGUCCAGGGAACUCUGGUCCUCUCCGACGGCCGUCCCGCCUCUGGCGCUGCUGUUUUCCUCGGUGACACCGACACUACCAUACGCCCCUCGAUUCAGGGCAAGAACUACUAUUACACAACGUACACCAACGACAAGGGUCGUUUCUCCUUUGACAAUGUUCGCAGCGGCGGGUACGCCGUCUACGCCACCUCCAACGGUGGCAAGCUGGCUGACGUCUACACAAACUUCACUGCGCCCCUGACCAUUACGAAGGACAAGACACUGAACCUCGGCAAGCUCUCGUGGACCGUUCCCAAGAGCAAGCAAAUCUUCCAGAUCGGCGAGUUCGACAAGAAGGCCAACGGUUUCAAGAACGGCGGCGUGCCCUACCAGCACGGCGUGGCUGCGCAGAGCCCCGCAAACCUGACCUUCACCGUCGGCAAGUCCCAGAACGAGGAUUGGUACUUUGCGCAGUCCGCCAUCGGAAAGUGGACGAUCGAGUUUGAUAUUCCAUCGGCGGACCUCGCUGCCAACAAGACUGCGCUGCUCAGCGUGUCGCUGGCUGGGUACUCGCAGAGCGCGGCUUUGGAAAUUGACGUCAACGGGCAGGUUUACGGCUCCCUGAGCAAGGACACGUUGACUAGCGAUCCUGCUCUAUACCGGUCUGGCAAGGUGAGCGGCGAGUGGCGGUUCUUCCAGUACAAGAUUGAUACCGACGUCCUCAAGGCUGGGCAGAAUACUGUGGGCUUCAGUGUUACUCGUUACACUCAGUGGAGAGGUUUCUUGUAUGACAGCAUCAUCUUGGAGUGGCUCUAA